AUGCCAGCAUUCACUCUAUAUGGCGCUCAUGGCUCGACCAACACAGACCGUGUUCGUUUGACCCUCGCUGAAGGUGGCUUCACGGACUACGAACUUGUUUUGAUCAACCUACAAAAGGGGGAACAAAAGUCGGAAGACUAUAUGAAGAGACACCCUUGGGGUAAAGUCCCAGUCGUCAUCUUCCCCGACGGUUUCACUCUCUAUGAGAGUAGGGUUAUCUGCAAGUACCUCGCCAAGAAAUACUGCUUCCCGCUUCUACCGCCCGACUCCGACAGGGAAGCUACUGCACUUUUUGAACAAGCGCAGUCGGAGGAGAUGUCUUACUUUGCCGACCCCGCAGGUAAAAUCGCGUUUGAGAAGUUUGUGAAGCAGAGAUUCAUGGGCUUGCCUCCUGAUGAGACCGUCGUGUCAGGAGCAACACGGUCCAUCGAAGCCUUUUUUGACGUUGCUGAACGUGCAUUGCAACACAGCGACUACAUGGCUGGGGAGGACUUCACUCUCGUGGACAUUUACUAUGUACCCCUGAUCCACAGGCUCUUCGUAUGCGGAUAUGCAGAUCUUAUCCUCGGUCGAAAAGCCGUGAGUGCAUGGUGGAACCGCGUCAUCAACAGGCCAGCCAUACAGCAAGUCCUGACCGCUGAUAAGGAGGCUGCAAAGGCGACACAGUGA